GAUGUCUGGAACAAAUCCGCUGUGUGCUUAAUGAUGCCGACUUUGAUGCUGGGACCAUGCAUGCGUGAAGGGCCGCAGCGUCCUGAAGUGCCUGAGGGGCUGCGGAGGCUCGCUUGGAGCUGCGAGGCGGGUGCGUGGGCCUCACUGCGUGUCCUGCCCCCACAGAAUGUGCGUAUCGACCCCAGCAGUCUGUCCUUCAACAUGUGGAAGGAGAUCCCCGUGCCCUUCUAUCUCUCCAUCUACUUCUUCGAGGUGACCAACCCAGAGGAGGUGCUGAAUGGAGGGAAGCCGCAGGUGCGAGAGCGCGGGCCCUACGUGUACAGGGAGUUCAGACACAAGGAAAACAUCACCUUCAACGACAACGACACGGUGUCCUUCCUGGAGGCCCGCAGCUUCCAGUUCCAGCCGGACAAGUCCCAGGGCUCUGAGAGUGACUACAUCGUCAUGCCCAACAUCCUGGCCUUGAGCACAGCGGUCAUGAUGGAGGACAAGCCCAUGGCCCUGAAGCUGCUCGUGACGGUGAUGCUGAGCAGCCUCGGCCAGCGCGCUUUCAUGAACCGUACCGUGGGCGAGAUCAUGUGGGGUUACCAAGACCCGUUUGUGAACUUCGUCAGCAAGUACUUCCCAAACAUGUUCCCCGAGAAGGGCAAGUUUGGAUUGUUUGCUGGGAUGAACAACUCCAACUCGGGGGUCUUCACGGUGUUCACUGGCGUCAAGGACUUCAGCAGGAUCCACCUCGUGGACAAGUGGAACGGGCUCAGCCAGGUCAACUUCUGGCAUUCCAACCAGUGCAACAUGAUCAACGGCACGUCCGGCCAGAUGUGGCCGCCAUUCAUGACGCCGGAGUCGGCCCUGGAGUUCUACAGCCCUGACGCCUGCCGGUCCUUGAAGCUCGUCUACCAGGAGCCGGGGGUAUUUGAGGGCAUCCCCACAUAUCGCUUCGUCGCUCCCAAAACCCUGUUUGCCAACGGCUCUGUGUAUCCCCCCAACGAGGGCUUCUGCCCGUGCCUGGAAUCUGGAAUUCAGAACGUCAGCAGCUGCAGGUUCAAUGCACCCCUGUUUCUCUCCCACCCUCACUUUUACAACGCCGACCCAGUCCUCGCGGAAGCAGUGCUCGGCCUCCACCCCAAUGAAGAGGAGCACUCACUGUUCCUGGACAUCCACCCGGUCACCGGGAUCCCCAUGAACUGCUCCGUGAAGUUGCAGCUGAGCCUGUACAUGAAGGCCAUCAGGGGCAUCGGACAAACUGGAAACAUCGAGCCCGUGGUGCUGCCCCUGCUGUGGUUUGGGGAGAGCGGAGCCAUGGAGGGCGAGACGCUCAAUACUUUCUACACCCAGCUGGUGCUGAUGCCCAAGGUGCUGCAGUACGCACAGUACGUCCUCCUCGCGCUGGGCUGCGUCCUGCUGCUCGCCGCGGUGCUGUGCCAAGUCCGCAGCCAGGAGAAGUGCUAUUUAUUUUGGAGUAGUAGUAAAAAGGGCUCACAGGAUAAGGAGGCCGUUCAGGCCUACUCGGAAUCGCUGAUGACGGCCGACCCUAAGGGCACUGUGCUGCGAGAAGCAAAGCUGUAGGUGGGUACCAGGUAACGCCCACCCCGCUGCCCCCUCCCGAAGCCAGGAGAACUCGGGGGGAUGGCCCCCAACUUCACCCUGACCUUAGCCCGGAGCCUCUACUGGCGGGAACCACCAGAGACUCGGGCCCAGCAGGUGGCAGUCCCUGGGUUCUCAUGGGCAACUCGAACUGCCUGCUGUUUCCUUGACAAGGUCAUGAUGUGAGCCAG